AAUGCACGAAACAAAUAAUAUGACAAGGAGUCUAAUCUUGUCUUGGAAAUGUUCCAUCUCCAUUUGGUUUGAUUCUUAAGAAUUCCAAUAGCACAAAGAUCACCUGUUUGAAACCAAGGGACCAAACAAUUUCCAUGAAACGCUUUGCAGAUUUCUAUUUCCUUUCCUGCAAUAUAGUGUCGUUGCUCUUCAUAAUUUCCACUGCUUUAGACACUAUAUCGAAGGAUAGCCCAAUCAAAGAUGGCCAUACCAUAGUUUCAGCUGAUGGCUACUUUGAGCUUGGAUUUUUCAGCCCUGGAAAUUCCAUGAAUCGGUACGUUGGAAUAUGGUACAAGAAAAUUUCGAAGGCUCAGAAAGUGGUCUGGGUUGCCAAUAGAUCCAACCCACUGAAUGACACAUCUGGAAUAUUAACAGUCAGUGACAAAGGGAUUCUACUGCUCAUGAAUGGCACCCAAGAUGUGAUUUGGUCAUCGAAUUCAUCGACAUCCUUGAGGGAUCCAGUAGCUCAGCUUUUGGACACUGGAAAUCUUGUCCUAAAGGAUGGCAGUGAUCUUAAUCCGGAAAACUAUGCUUGGCAGAGUUUUGAUUAUCCAGGCAGUACAUUAUUACCGGGCAUGAAGGUUGGUCGUAAUUUGGUCACUGGCAUGAAUUGGACACUAACAUCGUGGAGGAGCAGUGAUGAUCCUUCUCCAGGAGAAUAUAUGCACCGUGUUGAUACAAAUGGUUACCCUCAAUAUUUUUUGUUGGAAGGUCCUGUAAUAAAGUAUAACACGGGACCAUGGAAUGGACGUUCUUUUACUGGGGGACCAAAUUUGAAACCAAAUCCUUAUUAUACAUUUGAGUUCGUGAUGAAUGACAAGGAGAUCUACUUUACGUAUGAGCUUCUCAAUUCUUCUCUUCCCACCUGGGUGGUAUUGAAUCCGGCAGGCCUGAUUCAACGGCUUUUAUGGAUAGAACGAACCGAAAGCUGGUUUCUUUACUCAACAGGACAGAUGGAUAACUGCGAUCGUUAUGCCUUGUGUGGUCAAUUUGGGAAGUGCAACAUCAAUGACUCCCCUCCAUGUGAUUGUUUGAGAGGUUUUAAGCCUAAAUAUCAACAAGAAUGGGAUGCAGCAGAUUGGUCUAAUGGGUGCGUACGAAGAACUCCAUUGGAAUGUGGGACAAGUGAUCGGUUUCUGAAAUACUCUGGUGUGAAAUUGCCAGAUACACGCCAUUCCUGGUUUGACAAAACCAUUGGCCUUGAGGAAUGCCAAAGGUUGUGCCUGAGGAACUGUUCCUGUGUUGCAUAUUCUAAUCUUGAUGUCAGAAACGGCGGGAGUGGAUGCUUACUCUGGUUUAACCAACUCAUUGAUAUAAGGGAAUAUGCUCAACUUGAUGAAGAUCUCUAUGUGAGGAUGGCUGCAUCAGAAAUAGGUUCAAACCAUAUAGGAAAGACAACAAAAGCAGUCAUUGCAAUUGUAUCAACGGUUUCAGCGAUAAUCCUUCUUGGUUUUCUGUCUUGGUCUGUAAUGCGAAGAAAGAAGAGGAAAAGAGCAGGUCCAGAAGGAAAGGAAGAGAUGGAACUACCCUUGUUUGAUUUGAUGAGUAUUACUAUUGCAACAGAGAAUUUCUCAUCAGAUAAUAUCAUUGGAGAGGGUGGUUUUGGACCUGUUUAUCGGGGAAAACUAUCAGCUGGACCAGAAAUAGCAGUGAAAAAACUCUCCCAACAUUCUGGACAAGGUCUUGAAGAGUUGAAGAAUGAAGUUGUUCUGAUUUCCAAACUUCAACACAGAAACCUAGUUAAGCUUCUAGGCUGUUGUCUUGAAGGCGAAGAAAGGAUGCUAGUUUAUGAAUAUAUGCCGAACAACAGCUUGGACUUCUUCAUCUUUGAUGAGAGCCGGAAGAAACAACUUCCCUGGGAAAAUCGCUUUCAAAUUGCUAUGGGAAUAUCAAGGGGGCUUCUUUAUCUUCAUCAGGACUCCAGAUUAAGGAUUAUACAUAGAGAUCUAAAGACCAGCAACAUUUUAUUGGACAGCGAAUUGAAUCCAAAAAUUUCAGACUUUGGACUGGCUAGGAUUUUUGGUGGGGACCAAAUUGAAGAAGAAACAAAGCGAGUAAUAGGGACAUAUGGCUAUAUGUCUCCAGAGUAUGCAGUUGAUGGGAAAUUUUCAGUGAAAUCAGAUGUCUUCAGUCUUGGUGUUCUUUUACUAGAAAUAGUGAGCGGAAAAAAGAACAGGACAUUUCAGCAUUCCGACCACCAUCACAGUCUUCUAGGACAUGCUUGGUUAUUAUGGAAUGAAGGCAAGGCCUUGGAACUAAUGGAUACAUGUCUCACAGAAUCGUUCGUGAAAUCUCAAGUGUUAAGAUGCAUUCAUGUGGGGCUAUUAUGUGUUCAAAAACUAACAGUAGACAGACCAACAACGGCAUCAGUUGUUUUCAUGUUGAGCCAUGAAGAAAUGGCAUUACCUCAACCAAAGGAGCCAGGUUUUUUCAUAGAGAGGAAUGCAGCUGAAACAGAUGAUUCAACUGAGAAAAGAUGCCUCACUGACAAUGUUUUGACAUUUACAAUUCUUGAACCAAGAUAGCAAUGGCGCAAAUGGAUUAAAAAAUGCUAGAAUGCCUACAUCUGGGAUACCUAUAUGCAUAGUAUAACUUUUCUAUGAAAGGAAUCCAAUUGAACCCCUUCAGACUAUGAAGUUUCACACCUGAAAAUAGAGGCAAGGUACACUAUCAUUUUGCGAUGACAAAAACUGUAAACUAACUUUCUUUCAGAGUCAUUAAGAAAAAUCAAAAACUAAUGCAUGCUUUUGAGCCAUUACUUUCAGUUA